UGUCCUUGCUGUCCUGGAAACCCUGCAACCUGCUCGGCAUCUGCCAUGGGAAACCCCGCGUCAAGGCUUGGCUGUCUGGGGGAGAGGAGGAGCCGCUCACGCACCAGCCCCAGGACCCGAGAGGAUCUCUCGCCAUCCGCAGUUCCUCAGGGCCCACUUCCACCAGGGAUCCCCUGGGCCUGGUGGGGCUCCCGUGCUGUCCAGGUGACAGAGGUCACAGAGACAGUGGUGACAGAGACAGUAGUGACAGAGGCCGUGGAGAUGGGGCCCCGUGGGCAAAGAGGGCAGCCAUUCCAGAUACCUCUAUCACCCCUGGACACACUAUGCAGCUGGCUGGAUGGCAUGGAGGAGCUGCAGGCCUCACAAGGACCCCUGGCUGCAGAUGCCACUUUGGCUGCUUCCCAGCUUCGGGAACAAGAGCUGCUCCUGCGGCUGAUGAGGGAGCGUGCACCACACAUGGAACCAAGAUUGCAGGAGCCCUGGAGCCCUUCAGAGCUGUACACACAGUGGCACCGCCUGGUACAACAAGCAGAAACCAGGUGGAGGCUCCUGGGGCAGCUUGUCCCAGCAGCACAGAGCUUUGAAACAGCCUGCAAGGCUCUGCUGGGGAAGCUGGGCCCCAGUGAACAGCUACUGGCUGAGCUGCAGCUGGGGCCCAAGUGCCUUGAGGAAUCUUCGCAGUGCCUCCAGGAGGUGUGUGAUGGGGUUGUGGCACGUGCCAAAGACCUGGAAAGGGUUUUGGAGACUGGCAGGAGGCUGGCAGAGCUUCUCAGUAGUGACCAAGCUCAGCUGGUGCGACAGCAACUGGAUGGACUCCAGGAGCGUGUAAGGCAGACCGAGUCACGGAUUGCCUGUGCCCAGCAGAAGCUGCUGCGUGCUCAAAGGACAGCGUCCUCCAAGCCCUCACCAGCAGCAGCCCUGGAGGCCCAGCCGGAACUAGAGGGGUCUGCCUCAGCACAGCCAGAGCUCCAAGAUCCAAAGCAGCUGAGUGUCCAGCUUGCCCAGCUAGCAGAGCGGCUUGAACAGCUGGCACAGUGGGCAGAGACUUCUAGUCAGGCGGCAGCACCCACAGGGACCAUCUGGAAACAGAGCCUCUCAUCAGCCAUGCUUCAGACAGAUACGUACCCCCUGGAAGGGCACUGGUUAGAGGCUCGAGAGCAAGAUCCGGGGCUGAAGGCCAUAUGGGAGCCAGCGGUGCAGAUGUUGUGUGGCCUGGCAGAGCAGGCAGCCAUGAAGGAGCUGAGGCCUGCCCGUGACUGGAACCCAGCCUUGCAGGAGUUCCUGUGGGGACAGCAAACCCUGGCCGUGUCAUGGUUAAGGAGCAAAGGAGACACUGCCUGUGGGAGCACCUGUCACUUGGGCCCACUGAUGGACCUGCUGGGCUACCAGGCUGUCAUGUCUAGCCCCUCCUGUGAGAGGGUACACACCCUGGGAAAGGUGCUGCUGCUCGUGAGCCACCUAAUAGAGAAGUUGGUCUUGUGCCCCCAUAGGCCGAGCCAGGCUGAACCCUUGGGGACCAAGGUUGUACAAGCUCAAAGCUGGGUGCUAAAGGAGCUUCCUGGGGCCCUGAGCCUAAAGCACUGGACUCAAGCCUCAAGGGAGAUAAGCACUCUGAGGAGUCUUAACCAGGGGCUGCCUGGGGAUCUGGGGAAUAGAGCUAAGGCUUGCCUCCUGGAGAAGAUUCCAGAAGAACUGAACUGGAGGCUGUGGUGGGCAGAGGCCAUCCAGGAUAACUGGAGUCAUAGGAAACCAGAGCGUAGCAAGAGGAACCAGGAGGAAAGGGACCAGUGGGUACAACUGGAACAGGGCCACCAGGUACAGGACCUUGUGGACAGCUUCCUGGCAGCUGGGGAGCAGGACAGAGGUGGACAAGGCUGGCCUUGCUAUCCCUGGGGGAAAUGUGGGCCUCACUACAAGCUCUCCACCGUGACGGUGCCAGGGCUCCCCAGUGGCCAGAAACAGCCACACGGCGUGGUCAAAGCAAGAAACAUGGAAGGGACAAAUAUGCCAGUGGCCAGAGGCAGGCCCAAGGUCCAGGGAGCCUUGAUGGCACGAGGAGCCCUGAUGGUUCGCGUUGGAGGUGGUUGGGCAGCUCUGGAUGAGUUUCUGGUAAAAAAUGACCCAGUUAGAGCAAAGGGGAGAACGAGCCAGAAGAUCCAUGAAAGGUUCCUGUGCUGGACUCCUAGUGUGACAGCCCCUCAGGUCAUCACUCUGAGGCUCUGGGCCUCCGUCCGACUAGGCUCUAGCAGACCCACGUCUCAGAAGACAGGGCUGCCAGCUGGCAAAGGACAGAGAGACCCUAGCUCCGACCAGGUCAAAAACCCAGAGCAGCCCACUGAGGAGAAACCGUGAAGACUCCAAGAAGAGAGACAAGAUACAGCGGCAGAGCAUGCUCAGGCACUGAGCAGGAGCUGGGGCACACAGAGUCAGCACACAG